AUGACUGAAUUCCUGGUUUGUUUUAAUUGGUGCAAUGGUGAACAGCCUCAACCGAAGAGGCGUCGGAGACUGGACCGGAAUAUGAUAGGAGAACCAAUGAACUUUGUACACACUGCGCAUGUUGGGGCAAGAGACAUGAGUAGUGACUAUUCAUCAGCUGUAUCAGUUCAGGACCACAUGAAGUCUAAAGGUGGCUACACAAAUGGCACUUCUGCAACUGUUGAGAUAUAGGAAACUGAGAGAAGGCUGAAGUCUGCUCUGUCUUACGAGGACCUCCUGGACUGUGCUUUCAUAUUCUCAGAAAGCUCUUUAUCAUGGAGUAGAGAGAAUACUUGAAUUAUAAAUAGGUCAGUGCAAGCUUUGGUGUUCUUAGCACAAUAGUUUCUGAAGGAGUUAUUGUAAAUUAUCCUUAAAAUGGCCCAUCACGGUAGUUUUGUAGUAGCACCUGUAAUUUCUCACUGUGGGUGACUUCCUAGCUGUGUCCCAGAAACCUCACAAAGUUGUCUUAUAGGGUGGGAUUGAAAGUCAGUAUGAACUGUCUGGGAUUUUGACCUCUGUCAGCUUCUCCCCUUAAGAAAUGAUUUAAUUGGAAGAUACCACGUUUGUACUUCUUA